CUGAACAAUGGAUGCUCGAGAAGGGGCAGCUCGGCUAGAGAUUUCCACCCGGGACCCCCAAGAGGACUUUGAACUUCUCCAGCGGGUUGGCGGAGGGACCUAUGGAGAAGUCUAUAAGGCAAGGAGCAGAGAGUCGGGAAAGCUGUCUGCUAUCAAAAUUGUAAAGAUGGAAGCAGAUGAUGAUUGCGUUGCUAUCCAACAAGAGAUCGUGAUGGUGAAAACCUGCAAACAUCAGAACAUCGUGGCUUACUAUGGGAGUUACAUCCGGUUUAAAAAGCUGUGGAUCUGCAUGGAGUUCUGUGCGGGAGGCUCUCUUCAAGACAUCUAUCAAGUCACGGGCGCCUUGUCUGAGCGACAGAUUGCUUAUAUCUGCCGGGAAACUUUACAAGGUUUGUCUUAUCUUCACAACCAAGGCAAGAUCCAUCGAGAUAUAAAGGGGGCGAACAUUCUUCUCAACGACCAGGGGGAAGUAAAACUGGCUGAUUUUGGAAUCUCAGCUCAACUGAGUGCCACCUUUGCCCGCCGCAUGUCUUUCAUUGGGACCCCUUACUGGAUGGCCCCGGAAGUGGCGGCUGUGGAACUGAAAGGGGGCUACAACGAACGGUGUGACGUGUGGUCGGUGGGCAUCAUGGCAAUUGAGCUGGCUGAGUUGCAGCCCCCCAUGUUUGAUAUGCAUCCUUUGCGGGUGCUGGUGUUGAUGACCAAGAGUGGCUACCAGCCUCCAAAGUUAAAAGAGAAGGCCCGGUGGUCCCCAGCCUUCCACAACUUUGUCAAGGUGACACUAACCAAAAGUCCCAGGAAACGGCCGAGCGCCUCCAAGAUGCUGACGCACCAGUUUGUAACCCAGGCAGGGCUGACGCAGAGCCUGACCCUUGACCUCUUGGAGAAAGUCCACAAUCCUGACCAGCUCCCCAGAGGUGAGACGGAAGAAGAGGACCAAGAGCUGCCUCCACCCCCAGUGCCCCGAAGAAUACGCUCCAGUCAGCGGCAAGGCGUGACUUCUCCAGGAUACGCUGGUGCCCAGGGUAUGGAGAUCAUGCAAGACCCAGGCUACAGUACGAUGGACAACCCUGGAUCUGACUUCAGCAGCAGAAAGAAAGUAGACGACUCGGACUACGAUGAUGUGGAUAUGGACACUCAACCUGCCAAUCUCCCACCCCCACUACCCCCCAAGGUAAACCUUCUGUGGGAGCAAAUCCCAGAACUGCGUUCAGAUCCCUUGGAGGAGAGGCCACCCAGCCUUCCUCCUAAGUCGGAGAGGAGACAGAAACCGGACAGGGCCCUCUUCAAGAAGGUCUUCAACGAGUGUCCCUUGCACCUCACCUCGGCCACCGCUUGGACCCAUCCACACACCAAUGAGCUGCACUUAAUUCUGGGGGCCGAAGAAGGGAUCUUCACCUUGAACCGGAGUGAGACAGAGCCUGCCCUAGAACUGCUUUAUCACAGCCGAACGACGUGGGUCUAUUGCAUAGCAAACGUGCUCAUGUCCCUUUCGGGCAAGGUUCCCCAGCUCUUCUCCCACAAUUUACUGGGUCUGCACGAGCAGAGCAAGAGAGACCAGCGCCAGGCGGUGUCCCUGUCCCCACACCGACUGUUACCCAGGAAAAACAUCACCACCACCAAGAUUCCUGACACGAAGGGAUGCCAAAAAUGUUGCACAGCCAGGAAUGCCCAGAACAAUUGCCACUUUCUCUGUGGAGCAUUAGAGGCGGGGGUGGUUCUAUUACAAUGGUAUGAACCCAUGCAGAAAUUCAUGCUGGUCAAGUACUUCGAUUUCCCCCUGCCUUCCGUGCUGCCCAUUUUCGAGAUGCUAAUAACCCCCGACGAGGAAUAUCCGGUGGUCUGCAUUGGGGUCAGCAAGGGCCUCCCAGGACAGGCCGUGCAGUUCCAAGUCAUUAACCUCAAUUCCUUAACCUCCUGGUUUAUCAGCGACAAAAGUGAGCCUUCCUGCUGUGGCUUCGUCCAGGUGACUCAGUUGGAUAACAAGUCGGUGAUGGUUCUUAUGGAUGGAUGCAUCCAGUUUGUCAGCCUCCGGGGGGUGCUGCUUGGAUCCCCACCGAAACUGACCUUCGACGUAGCAGUGGAGUCAGUCGCACUGGUGCAGAACUGCGUGCACGCAUUUUGGUGUCAUGGUGUGCAGACACGGCCACUUGGACCAGGGCAGGUAGCACAGAAGCUGCAGGAUCAACAGUGGACCUUCCGCCUACUGAGACCCUCCAGCACCAUUGUGUUAGAGACGCGGCCAGUGAAUAAUCCAAAUUCUACCAGCAAUCUUUACGUGCCCGAAUGACGACGGUCCCACCUCAACCUGUAAGUUGCCCAGACUGACAAUCUCCCACCCUCCGGAACUGAUUCCUCAAAGAAGAACAAGUGAUGGGGAAGAGGACUCUCUGUCAGAUGCUUCAGGAAGCUGGCAAGACAGGACUGGAAGUGGGAAAUUGCAAAGCCCAACCCCUCAGCAUCUUCACCCUGAAGCAGCCAGGGGCAUCAAUGCCCUAGUUUUAUGCUUCUCUUUACGUGCCAUUCAGCCUCAGUAAACAGUAUGUUCAGUU